AUGAAUGAUAAUAAAAUCGAAUCCGGAUCUGAAUCAUCUAUUAAUAAUGAUUAUUCUUUAAUAAAUACUGAAACUUGGACAGAUGAUAACAGUAAACGGUUUCGACCACAAGCAAAUCAUACUGUGCCUCCGAAAAAAAAGAAAACCGCUCAUACAAGUGUUUAUGUUAGUCGAAUUAUUAAUAAAGAAUCAUAUCCUCCAACCUCUUCACCAGUAACAUCAAAGUCAAAAAUAUAUGAUCCAUUUGAAUGGAAAACUUUAAAUCAAUCACUGUUAAAUUCAAAAAGACAACAUAAAAUUGACCAAGACUGGGCAGAUGUUUAUAGUAAAUUCUUUCAAUUCAAACUGAUAUAUGAUGAUGUGAAAAAAAAAACUUAUGAUUAUGAAAAGCAAAAAGAUAAUGAAAUAAAUAAAUUGAUCAAACAAUCUAUUCCCGAUAGAUGUACCACAUAA